AUGGCUUCCCCAACUUAUGACUACAUUGUUGUUGGAGGUGGCCUUGCAGGCUGCGUUCUCUCUAGUCGCAUUCGAGAGUACGAUGGUGCAGCUAAUAUCCUUCUCAUUGAAGCAGGAAAAGAAACACGUGGCCGCUCGGAUGUGCAUAAUAUGCAAGUUUUGAACCUAGGCGGCGAACUGGACUGGCAGUAUCAGUCAGAGCCCGUUGAAGCACUUAUGGGACGACGGAUCACCCUCAACGCCGGAAAGGGUCUGGGCGGCAGCUCAGCUAUUAACUCAGGUGGCUGGACUCGUGGUGCUGCAGCAGACUACGACGAGUGGGCAGCCCUCGUUGGUGAUGACCGCUACAGCUACAAGGGCCAACUACCAUGGUUCAGGAAGUCCGAGCUCUGGUUCGAUGAUAAGAACCCGGAACAGCACGGCAGAGAUGGGCCCAUCCGUGUAACUUGCGCCGAGGCAUCCAAUCGCGUGUUCCCUCUCGCUGAGAAAGCCGCGGCUGGAUGGGAAGAGCUUGGCGUUUCAACACUGCCAGACGGCGACCAGAACAGUGGGAAUAACCUCGGGCGCGCUUACAUCUGUGAGGCGAGAUCUGAUGGUAAACGCGAGUGGUCUGCCAAUCAGUAUUCAUUGGAUGGAGUCCAAGUUCGUGUCGAGACUUUUGUGAACCGUAUCGUCAUUCAGAAAAUCGAUGGGAAUCUCAAAGCAACUGGUGUUGAGCUGGCCGAUGGUAGCGUUGUCAAUGGCCAGAACAUCAUAAUCUCCGCUGGUGCAUUCCGCUCUCCUCAGAUCCUUCAGCUCUCUGGUAUCGGCCCGAAACCCCAUCUUCAAGAGUUUGGCAUUGAGCCACUCGUCGAUCUUCCCGAGGUUGGCAAGAACCUAUCCGACCAUGUGAUAUUCUUCCAGCACUGGCGGCUACGUGAUCCUUCUGCUGGGCAUACUAUUGGGUCUGCCAAUCCUCUGUUUCAACAACCUCAAUACUCGCAAGGUGUGCCCUUUGACUGGAUCGUCAAUACCAGAAUUCCAAAAGAGGGCCUCGCUAAAGCUAUUGAGAGAGACGAAGGAACAGAACCGCGUGAAUCGGAGCAUGUUCUUCUUGCGAAAGACAGAACAUUUGUCGAGAACAUUAUCAUGUUUGCUAAGCUUCCGUUUCCCGGUGUCACCAAGGAUGCAGAGCAUAUUACUAGCGCGUUGGUAAGCUUUCUGCCAACCUCGAGAGGCUCUGUGUCAUUGAAGUCUGGGAAGCCUGGCGAACAUCCAAAGGUGAAUCUCAACUAUCUCUCCACCGAGGUUGACAAGCAUGUCUUCCGAGAAGGAUUGCGCCAGUUGACGAGAUUCAUGCUGAAGCCCAAAUUCAGUGAUCAGAUUAUUGGAGAAUCUAUCCCCGAAGGACUUAACGUGGAAGCUCUUGCACUGGAUGAUAGUGAUGAUAAGUUGGAUCAGAGGAUAGCUAUGACUGGCGGCACCUCGUGGCAUCCUUCUGGCACUUGCUCCAUGGGGAAAGUGGUUGACACAGAGUUUCACGUUGCAGGCGUUGAAGGACUUCGGGUUGUUGACGCAUCAGUCUUUCCUGUCCCACUGAGCGCACAUCUUCAAGCCCCCCUCUAUGCUCUUUCGGAGCAGGCAGCAGCUAUCAUCACUGGGAAGGUUGGAAACGGUAACUUUGCGUUCAGUGUUGAUACGACAGGAAUGCAAACAUACCUCCCUUUCAACACAAUGUCACGCUGGGCAUGGCAUAAUGACACUGAACCAGCUGGAGACCCAAUAGACGCAUAUACCGGCAUACAGAGACAGACCCAUGGUGGAAACGUUUCCUAUGAUCUACCCGACCCAAAUCUUCCUGAUGUUUCUCAAUGGCUCAUUGGAAAUCCAAACCGUGUCAAUCUUGGACGCAUUGGAUUGCGGUUCAAGAACGAUACACUGUCAUCAAGCAACAUAUUUGAUACCCAUCAGGAGCUAGACCUCUGGCAUGGAGCCAUCACAUCAACUUUCACGAUCGAUGGCGUUGAGGUCAAGGUUGUCACGCAAGGCGACUUUGAUUCAGACGCAGUUGUUUUCACCAUUGACUCACAAUUGAUCGAGUCAGGAAAGCUCAAGGUCGAGCUCGACUUUCCAUACCCUCCAAUCCAUACAGCAAAGUACAAGAACGAAGUUUUUGUUGGUGCCUAUGACUUCCCAACCAAUCAUUCUACAAAGCUUUCAGUCAACCUCAAAGGUAAUACAGCACACAUCUAUCAUGACAUGGGCAACAAGUACUACGUGAACCUUCGUUGGCCCAAAAAAGCUUCACUGGGACUGAAACGCCUCGGCCUGCAGGGCUCUACCAAGCCCACAGCUCAUCGAUAUGUCCUAUCAUCGAGACACGGAACGACCAUUUCUUUCGUGGCGCACUUCUCUCCAGACAAGAGAGUACCCGACCUGCCAUCUACUAUUGAUAAACGUAGCAGAGCUGGAUGGCAAGACUACUGGAAUUCAGGUGGUUUUGUCGAUUUGACAGAGUCCACGAACCCCAACGCUACUGAGCUUCAACGUCGAAUCAUCACCUCCCAGUACCAUGUCAGAGUUAACAGUGCUGCCGAUGGUGAGCCUCCUCAGGAGAGCGGCUUGAUGAACAACGGUUGGUAUGGUAAGUUUCACAUGGAGAUGGUUGUAUGGCACAGCGCUCACUGGAUCUCAUGGGGCCGAGAUCGAUACUUUCACAACAUCUUCCCUGCGAUAUAUGAGAAGCUUCUACCUACAUCACUCAUCAGAGCGAAGAAGAUGGGAUGGGAGGGAGCGCGUUGGCCAAAGAUGACCGAAGCCAUCACCGGUCGAAGUUCGCCUGGCGGGAUCAACGCAUAUCUGAUGUGGCAGCAGCCGCACCCAAUGUAUAUGGCCAUGCUUGCUUUCAAGAGUAAGUCGACGAAGAAGACGUUGAAGCGCUGGGACCCGAUCGUGGAGGCGACCGCGGAUUACAUGGCAUCCUACGCAUGGUUCAACCAGUCGUCUGGCAGAUAUGAUCUAGGUCCACCUGCAAUUGGUGUCACUGAAAACACGCCCCCGGAGAACACCCUCGAUCUUGCUUACGAAGUUGCAUACUGGAGAUACGGCCUUGACGUCGCCUGCGAGUGGAAGCAGAAACUCGGCUUACCUGUACCUGAGCACUGGGUGACUGUUGCAAAGAACAUGGCGAAGCCUCCUCAGAUUGGCGGACUAUAUGCGGUGUACGAGGGUCUCAACUCGAGCUGGUGGGAUGACCCAGCACUCAACCGAGACCCGAGAAGUUUGAUCAUGCUGCAAGGUAUUCUACCUGACACACCUGCAGUGGACAAGGAGGUCGCUCGACGAACGGCGAAUAAGGUCUGGGACGUAUGGACUGACCAAAACAUCCGGGGAUGGGGACGUCCUGUACUGGCAAUCAACUCGGCUCGCAUUGGGAAUCCUGAGCGCGCGAUAUAUCACUUGACAGCAUACGAUUACUGGAAGUUUGAUGACGCAGGAUUUGCCAUUCGUGGUGGUGACGGAAACACACCACCCCCAUUUAUGCCUGGCAAUGCUGGGUUCCUCUUAGCCGUGGCGUACAUGGCUAAAGGAUGGGACGGAUCGAAGCGCGAUGCGCCUGGGUUUCCUGAAGAUGACGGGCGCUAUGGGCCCAUUAUUCGAAUUGGACCAAAUGAAGUUCAUAUCGAAGACUCCGAGUACUUCGAUACAAUCUUCGGAUUUCGCCCGUUGAAUAAAGAGGCCAUGACAGCGAAAGAGUUUGGGAUCAACCAUGCUCUAUUCGGGGUUGAGGAUUACAAGACCUACGUCAAGAAGCGUGCUGCAUUUGGGAAUGCGUUUUCUCGAACAAAGCUUUCCAAGAUACAGGACCAAAUUAACGAAGAGAUCCAAAAAGGAUGCAUUUGGGUUGAGGAUAAUAGCAAGGAUGGAGGUCCUGUUGAUCUGGCCUUCUUGUUUCGGGCUGUUCCAGCAGAAAUCAUAACCAAGUAUCUUUUCGGCCAAGAAUAUGGGUUUCUGCAGCAUGUGCAGACCACCAAGAACCUUUACGAUAAAAGGAUGGACAGAUUGUUCGGGUUCUCACAUCUGGGUCGAUUUAUACCCAAAGAGAUCCCUCUUUUCCUGUCUCUCUUCCGUCAGUUGAUCUUGAGGGCUCUGGGGUUCAACGACCCAGGUUCUGCAUUUCUUGAUUAUUUCUUGCUCGCUCAGAAGUUGGUGCAAAAGGUCGUGGCUCAACACAACCACUCGAAUGAAAAUUCUGAGAGCAUCCCGCAACAUACCGUGUUUGAUGACUUUCUAGAUAGCUCAUUACCUCAAGAGGAAAAGGAAAAGGGCCCUCUCACUCAGCAAGCAGUGGCUAUCUGGAGUGGGGGAUGGGACACGGUUGGAUUUGUGCUGACCAUGGCGGCAUACCAAUUACUCCAGAAUCCAGAAGUUGAGCAGCGCCUCUACCAGGAACUCAAGGAGUCCUGGAAAGACCCUACUGAGUCCCCUGAGAUCACAACUCUGGAAGGCCUACCAUACCUUACUGCUGUGGUCAAGGAAACGUUUCGUCUCUCGCCCGGUGCGCUCUGCCGGCUGAGUCGCGUCAACCCUAGCGGCAUCGAACGAUACGGCGACUGGGAAAUACCCCCGGGCACAAUCAUCAGCAUGUCUAUUCCGGAUGUUCUCUCAGAUACGGCAAUCUGGGGUUCUGAUGCUUCUAUUUUCAAGCCUGAAAGAUGGCUGAGUGGAGGUGCGGACCUCGACAGAUACCUAGUGACUUUCAGCAAAGGAACACGAGUUUGUCCAGGAAUUGAGUUGGCAUGGAUCGAGACCCGGCUUGUCAUUGCGAGCCUUUUCCGAAGGUAUGAGAUGAGCAUCACACCAGAGGCCGGCAUAUCUGAUGAUGAUAUCAUGCCGUAUUACGAAGGGUUCACGCCUGCAGUCAAGAAUUGGAUAUCUCGACUGCCGGCUGCAGUGAAAACCGACUUCGUUCCCCUCAAAGAUCAGAUUGUCAGCUUCAAAAUUCACUUCAUCCUCAUCAUGCCAAACAGCGGACGCGGUCGAGGUGGAUUAUUCCAGCGCGGUGGUCAAGGUGGUCGAGGCGGGGGCUUAAUAGGGUCCGCUGUCCGUGGCGUAGCAGGCGGUAUUGGGCUCGUGUCGGAGAGCGUUAGCUCUUACAAAGAGAAGAGAGCAGCGGAGAAAACCCCCGCAUCCUCAGAGUCAAGCCAACAGCCUCAAUCAAGCGGCAUUGUUGUCGGAAACGAGCCGGCGCCAAACUGUGAGCCUCAGUCAAGCCAGCCCGAGGACUCGACUGAAAGACAAUGGGAGCUCGACGAAACACAAUCUGAGCUACUCUCGAGUCCCCAAGACGGUGCCGACACCGCUCAACAGACUCAAGUUGACAAGGAUCUUGUGGCCAGCUUUUUGAGGGUGCAUGGCGCUUCAUCUAGCCGAACCAAUGCUCAAUUGGAGUUGCCAGUCAUUCUCGCGCAGCGGAGACCAAAAGACCGAACCCGUGGCUUCGUUCGGGGAUUUGCUCCGAUGCUCGAGACUGUCGGCAUUGACCAGGCGGCAUGGCUAGACUUUCUAGAUAAAUUCGACCAGUCUACUCGAGCCUCGCCUUGGAUCGAGGUAAUCAAUUUUGCAGAAUUGGGCGGUUUCUUUGUACCGAUUGCGCCAAGCAUCGCCAUUAGUGCAGCCGUGUACAAAACAAUUGAGGUUGCGAAAGAUGUCCAAGGCAGACAAAGGUCAAACAAGUUCAUUUCUCAGAUGAAUGAGAAAUACUUCUAUCCAAAGGGCUUAUGCUGUUUGAUCAUGACCUGGCGACCCGAUUCUGGGAAGUCUCACGAGGUUGUUGACCUGACAUCAACAGUCGCUUCUUCCAUUGGAUCGUAUGACUCUUCAUUCACCAACAAGUUUAAAACCUCCAGCGGAAAGACCUAUGGUGAUUUUGCUCUCCCCGAAGCUGCUCCUCUCAUCUUUCCGACCCUCGAUGUCCUUGCUGAGGCUGAUAAUGAGGAAUCGAAGGGUUUGAAGCAGAGCCUGGGCGAGAAGAGAACAUACAUCCAGGAGUACUAUGACAAGAGGGCUCAGGCUCAGUUCGCGCUCAAUAGCCCGGAUAACCUCUUGGCCAACCAGCAAGAAGCUCCAAAGUUCUCUUCACGAUAUGCUGAUCCCAGUCAUCCUUCUAACAAUGGCUCCUUAAUCUCCCUACUCACUGGCGGAUAUGUCGACCCAACGAAGCUGCGCCGGGGCUUUAGGGGCCAAGCACCAGAGGGCCAGAACCAAGGACAAGCCAGUGGAGCACGAAGUGAUAGACAGCCCGGUCUGCCAGUGCCUUACAAGCCGGUCAAGGCGGCAAGGAAAUUUCUUUUUAAAAAGGACAUUUUGUAUUUAAUGGUCGUCAACAUGCCCAGUGAGGAUGAGCUCCGGGAGGCCCAGGCUGCAUUGGACCGCAGAUAA